GAACAGUAUUUCCAUUGUAUUUCAAAAUGUUAAGACAAUCUUUUUUGCCAAUUUUGAUUUUUAUGUUAAUGGAUUACUCAUGCAAAUGUCAGGACUUAGAGAAGUUUGUUGCUCCUAUACUUAAUCAAAACAUGGCACCAUUGAUGGCGAUAGUAGAUACAACUAAUAUCAGUUCGCAUAUUGUCCGGUCAAUAGAAAUGCCAAUACGAGCAAUUAUUAACUCAACCGUAGAAUUCAAAUACGAAAAGCUGAAAGAAGAUGUAAACAGCAAGUUUGACGCCUUACAACAAAAGAUGGACGAACAUAUGGGAGAUAACCGGAACCAAUUGACUGAAGUUAAACAGGACAUUGCUACUUUACGGAAAGAAAUGGAAGAAGUGAAGAAAUUCGCUACAGCUAUCAGUACUGAGAACAAAGACAUAGCUGAAAAGCUAAAAGGUUUAAUUGCAACAGUGAAUUCAAGAGUUGCCCUUUCAGCAUGUGUUGCAUCUGCGUAUACUGCCGUUCUAUCAUCAGCUAUAAAACUUUCAGAAAUCAAGACUAGCGAAGGGAUCACCAACCAACAUCUAACCUCAUUUAAAUCUAGUGGUGUAUUUGUGUGUGAAGUUCCUGGUCUGUACUAUAUAUAUGUCGUCAUUUUGUCACAAACAAAAAGUGCAAAUGUCAAAAUAUCUAAAAAUAGUAUAGAACUCAUAAACGUUAAUACCAACAAUUAUUAUAACAGAUUCGGAUAUUCUUAUCAAUCAAAUUCUGCAAUUGUGGUGACUGAAUUACAGAAAGGUGACACUAUCGAUAUAAAACCAUCAUAUAAAGACAUGUACAUAUACGGCAGUAGCAAUUCGUGUCUUACAAUAGUGAAAGUGAAAUAAUUUGUGUCAGAAGUUCAAAUUAUAACAAUAUAUAAAUCGAAAGAAUAUACAUGAACACUCCAUUUUUGAUUAGAAAAAUUUAAUUCUUUGGAUGUGUGGAUUAUAGUCAUAGAUUUAGAUUGAUUAUACCUAUCAAAAAUGAGAUAUGGAGUAUAAGUCAAUUGGUAAAUAACAAACCAGAAAUAUAUACAAAGGCUUCGUGAUGUCAAUAUACGAUCUUCAACAACGGACACGUUUCUAUAUAAUAUACUUAGCAUAGCCUUAAAUAGCGCGGGUAUAAAGUA